AUGGCGGACAUUGACCCCUUCGACUCGGCUCUCGACCUCCUCCGCCGCCUGAACCCCAAACACACAGCCUCGCACCUCAACGCUAUCAUCUCCCUCGCCCCAGACCUAACAGAGGACCUCCUCUCCUCGGUGGACCAGCCGCUCACGAUCCGACGAUGCAAGCAAUCCGGACGGGAAUACCUGCUAUGCGACUACAACCGCGACGGGGACAGCUACCGCUCCCCAUGGUCGAACCAGUUCGAUCCGCCGCUGGAUGAGGGCGGCGCAGGGGGCGUAGGGGCCGGUGGAAGCGAGGGCGCAGGCGAGGGGGCCAUUCCGAGCGAGAGGGUGCGAAAGAUGGAGAUGAAGGCGAACGAGGCGUUUGAUAUUUAUAGAGACUUGUACUACGAGGGCGGUGUGAGCAGCGUUUACUUUUGGAACUUGGACGAUGGGUUUGCGGGUGUGGUUUUGUUGAAGAAGUCAUCUACACCGGGUGGCUCGACGGAAGGCGUAUGGGAUUCCAUCCAUGUCUUUGAGGCGAUUGAGCGAGGAAGAACCACGCACUACAAGUUGACGUCUACGGUUAUCCUUUCGCUUGCCACGGCGGACAAUGGCCUCGGCAACAUGGAUCUCAGUGGUAAUAUGACGCGCCAGGUGGAGCAGGAUCUGCCGGUAGAUAAUGACGACAGCCACAUCGCAAACGUGGGCCGGCUCGUCGAGGACAUGGAGCUCAAGAUGCGUAAUCUUCUGCAGGAAGUCUACUUCGGCAAGGCUAAGGAUGUGGUUGGUGAUUUGCGAAGCGUGGGGAGCUUGAGCGACGGGGCGAGAGAUCGCGAGGCCCAGAGGGAACUUAUUGGGAGUAUGAGGAGGUGA